GUGAAAGCACAUUGAGUUGGCGCCAAAGAUGAAGAGAAUACAAGUUGUAGCCUAUCUGAUCAUUGCAUUUUUCCUUGUUACAGCUUCUCAAUCUCAGUUUUCUAUAGCCAUAAGGAUUCAAGCCAUGGGAACAGUUGAUGAGGAUACGAAGAUCAGAACUGCUAAACCUAAACCAAAUUCUGGCAACAGGUUCUUGUUAUCUACUUGGAAGGAACCUGAAACACAGUUCAAUGAUAACAUGCGUAAGGUUCCAUCUUCCCCAAACCCAAUCGGAAACCGGCAUCCACCAUCCAAGCCAUGAAAGGAAAGAAAAAGGAUGGAGCUGUGAUAUUGUUUUCUCCUGUUGUUGAGGUUAAUCAAAAGUUUUGCAUCUGUAAUAUUUCUCAGUGCUUCCUAUAAUUUGUAGAAGGGCUUCAUUAUAGGUAAUUCAGCACAGUGAUUACUGUCCUUUUCUCUCUGCUAAAUCCUACUACAUAAUCAGAGAGAAUCCCAGCAUAUUGUUUUAAGUACUUUUUGGAAAUUCUGUGUGGAUCUUUUUUCCCCACCUAGGUGUCUAAAUAUGGGGGGUCAAUAUGCUUAAUUGGUUUGGAAAAACUUUAUUCAGAUAUCAGGCAAGAUGAACUUUCUCUUGCCAUGUU